AUGAAGGUUCAAAGCAACUCACCUCUAAGAAUAAAAUGGUGCAAAUCGUCCUCCAGAUAUUUGAACUUUGACGAACUACCACCUUCAUCUCUCGAUUUGCGAGUCCAUCGACCCGCCCCUUCGAGAUCUACAAGCUCCAACGAACAGAUGGUGAUGAAGAUGAAGGCUUUCAGGCGAAUAAAUAGUGUCGAAGAAUGUGUAGAUCUGAGAUGGUGUAAAUCUAAGAUGAAGAAGGUUUUCAGGAAAAGAGAGAGUCACGAAGAUGAAGGCAAUGGCGACGAAGACAUCGAUGGUGUAGAUCUGAUGAAGAGGUCACCUUCUCCGGCUAGGCGGCAAUCACAACAACGUGACAAUUCCAAAGAAGGUGAGGCGUUUGUGAACAAUUAA